UAAAGCCCAUUCGUUUACAAUGUCAUUCUCUAGGUUAAGCUCUUCUCUCCGUUCCUCUGAUCUCAAGUUUCCUUCUUUUCUCUUCUGCUUUCCUUCAUCCUCGCUACAAACCAGAUUCAUUCACAAUGUUGAUGUUGACGAUGCAGUUGCCUCGUUCAAUCGCAUGCUCAGUAUGCGUCAUUCCCCAUCCAUCAGGCAAUUUAACAAGAUUUUGGCAUCUCUUGUUAAGAACAAGCAAUUCCACACUGCCAUUUCCCUUUUUCAACAAUUGGGAUUCAAGGGAAUUGCGCCAAACAUUUUUACUUUUAGCAUUCACAUCAAUUGUUUAUGCCAAAUGCGUCACAUGACUUUAGCUUUUUCGGUAUUGGCAAGGAUCUUCAGAUUGGGUUAUCAGCCAAGCACAGCAACCUUCAAUACACUCAUACAUGGUCUGUGUCUUGGUGGCAACGUCAGGGGAGCCCUGCAUUUUCGUGACAAGGCGCUAGCUCAGGGAUUUCAGAUGGACCGAUUUAGUCAUGGGACUUUGAUCAAUGGAUUAUGUAAAGUGGGAGAAACUAGAGCUGCCAUUCAGUUGCUUAGAAAGAUUGAAGGACAAGAUGCGGUAAUGUAUAGUAUAAUCAUUGAUAGCCUAGUCAAAGAUAAAAAUUUGAAAGAAGCAUGUGAUUUUUUUUCAGAAAUGGUUGUCAAGAAAAUUUAUCCCAGCGUUUUCACUUACGGUAGUCUGAUUCAUGGCUUUUGCCUUUCGGGUCAAUUGAAGGAAGCAUUUGAUUUGUUCAAUGAAAUGGUAUUGAAAAGCAUCCACCCAGAUGCAUAUACCUAUAGCAUACUGGUUGAUGCGCUGUGUAAAAAAAGAAAGGUGAGAGAGGCUAAAUAUGUUUUAACUGUGAUGAUAAAAGAUGGUGUGAAACUUAAUGUUGUUACUUAUAAUACCUUGAUAGAUGGCUAUUGCUUAGUUAAUGAAGUAAAGAAUGCCAAAUAUGUAUUCAACAACAUGAUCCGAAAUGGGGUAACCCCUGAUGUACAGAGCUACAGCAUACUGAUCAGUGGAUUAUGCAAGGUUAAAAUGGUGGAUGAAGCCAUGAUUCUCUUUGAAGACAUGCAACGCAAAAGUAUGGUUCCAGAUACAGUAGCAUACAAUUCUCUUAUUGAUGGUUUGUGCAAAGUAGGGAGAAUUUCUUGCGUUCAGAAUCUUAUUGAUGAGAUGGAUGAUCGGGGUCAACAUGCUGAUAUAGUUAGCUACAAUUGCUUAAUAAAUGCAUUAUUCAAAAACCAUCAUUUAGAUAGGGCAAUUGCAUUAUUCAAUGACGUUAUAAAAAAGGGCAUUCAUCCAAAUGCAUACACAUACACAAUACUUAUUGAUGGACUAUGCAAAGGCGGAAGACUUGAGGAUUCACAAGAGGUUUUUCAGGAUUUAUUGAAUAAUGGCUGUCAUCUAAAUGUGGCAGCAUAUAAUGCUAUGAUCAAUGGGCUUUGUAAAGAGGGAAUAGUUGAUGAAGCAUUGUCCUUAAAGUCAAAAAUGGAAGAGAAUGGUUGCAGUCCUGAUGCUAUAACUUUUCGUAUAAUUAUCCAUGCUCUCUACAAAAGAAAUAAGGAUGAUACAGCAGAGAAACUUCUUGAUGAAAUGAUUGUUAGAGGCUUAUUGUGAGAUUAAAACUAAUUGAGAUGCUUUCUGCUUGCACUUGUUAUGGAACAUUUCCUCAAGAAUAAUAGCAGACUUGGCUUAAAAUGAUGAUAAUCCAGAUGUCAAACUAGUGAAGGAAUAAGCAUAUCCAGUUUCCUUUUUUUCUGCUGCAUUCUCUACUUUCAUUCCUUUAUCGGCCUUCCUGAUCCCGCAGCAACCAGCCUUAAGCCCAUCUAAGCUAACAACAACAAUACCAGCAUUCCCACAACAAUCUGAUGUUGCAGGUUGCCCUCUUACUCUCUCAGAUGAGUUUUUUGAUGGAAUGUGCAUGUAGUGUCACUGAAGAUGAUGGUGACAAGGAACUGCACGACAGUAGGUACUGCCCAAUGCUUGUAGCAUGGUUUUACCUUCCCAGUGCUUGUAGCAUGGUUGCAUUCUGCAUACUCUUCUACUGCACUUGGCAUGACAGACCAUAGCCAUGGCCAUGCCACAACAUAUGAUAUGAUGCCUAUGCUGCCAGAUGACUCAGGUGCUGGGAAAGGCUUUGAAAGUGAGAGGCUUUUAACUGAAAGGCCUUAUGAGACAUGUGAUGUGGUGUGUUGCUUUUGUGGCAUUAGGCUCCACCGGUUGAAUUGCCCUGAUGCAUUUUCUCUGACCCUAAGUCGAGAACAUGUUGGAUGCAAGCGAGAAGGUUGGAGAAGAAUUGCUUCAGUAGCACCACAGAUGUCCAUGGUUUUCCUGGUCAGUUUUCCAAGUGCUUAAGUAGCCUUGUUUUCCUUAUUUAUAAAUAAUUUUUUUUUUCUUCUAGGAUAUCUUUUGGUGUUUUUGCUCUUUUCAUUGUGAGUUGGACUUUGAUGGAUCUUGUUGAAAAUUGAUGAAGAUCGAGAUAGUUU